AUGGAUAUACAUGUGAAGAGGAUCUUGGAGUUUGGGAAGGUUUUGUUGGCUGUGGCGAUUAAUUUCUGGUCCAAAAACGCACAGAAGGAAGAAAGGUUGGCGGAUCCUGGAUCACGUGGUGAAGAUUCAGAUGGUGUGGAAGGGGAAGACGAGUCUGAAAGUGAAAAGAGAAGGGGUGUGCCCUCUCUACGAGAGCGUUUACCUAUGUCUGCUGGACUAGGAGUAGGUGAACUUCGGGCUCGUUUAGGGGUUUGGUUCGGCAGCGUGGUGGCUCUAGAUGGUGCAGGAAGGUCGGCGUUGGGGUGGGAUAUAGCUGGAUGGGUUGGUUGGUGGUCGGCGAUUGUUGCCAAGGAACUUAGAAAUGACUGGAUACAGAAAAAUGUAUACCCUAUAGGAGAACAUGCAAUAGCUAAGAAAAUAAAAGCAGACUAUGAAACUUUUAAAGAACUACGUAAAACAGAAAAUAACAAAACAAAACAGAUUGAUUCAACGAAAGAAUGA